CGUCGUCGAAGGCCCAUAAUAUAAUCCCCAGCUGUUGAUCAGUCAUGCCGGGACAUCUCGUUCAAAGGAAUGCCGGGGUCACGGUUGAGAACGAGGAGAGGAUUGUCGCACUCAAGAACUCGCAAACGCCAAAGACGCCUGCCACGAUCAAGAAGCAGGGGACACUUGAUUCUUUCUUUGGUGUUACUCCAUCGAAGGCUAAGGCUGCUGUCACUCCUGCGCCGAAGACCGCUACGAAGCGAACAAAAUCCGAAGCGACACCGGCGUCCACCAAGUCCUCCGCCAAGCGCCCUGCGAAGAAGCAGAAGAUCGUCGUCGACGAUGACUUUGAGCCAGAACAAUCCGCAUCUGAAGCUGAAGAAGAUGAAGCCUCCGAGGUUGCCCCAUCAUCCGCUGAAUCCUCGGCCGCCGAGGAGUCCGAGGUCGAGGAAAUUCUUCCCGAGGAGAAACCCAAGCUGAAGCAGCGCACCAUCUCAAACAAGCGCUCCACCUCCUCCCCAGCCGUCUUUCCCGGUGCAAAAAGAGGCGCUGGAGCCGAUUACUCUGAUCUCCCACCCAUUUCCUCCAUCCCAGCUAUGUUCCAGGAUAUGGUCGGUAACAUCCCUCAAAUCGCCGACGUCGCCAAACACCUCGCUGGACGCAAACUCCGCGUCGCCACGAUGUGUUCUGGAACCGAGUCCCCUCUCCUCGCUCUUGGUCUUAUCUCCCGCGCGAUUGAGAAGAUUUACGGGGUCAAGUUUGGCGUUCAGCAUGUCUUCUCAUGUGAGAUCGAGCCGUUCAAGCAAGCUUACAUCGAGAGGAACUUCCAGCCUCCGCUUUUGUUCCGUGAUAUCUGUGAACUCGGGAAUGAGAAAGCUACAACUGCUUACGGCGCCAAAGCCACAGUCCCGGGUGAUGUCGACAUGCUCGUCGCUGGUACGUCUUGCGUCGACUACUCCAACCUCAACAACGAGAAGCAGGACUUCGAGGCACAGGGUGAGUCCGGGCAGACCUUCCGUGGUAUGAUGUCCUGGGUUAUCAAGAACCGCCCCCCUGUUGUCAUCUUGGAGAAUGUGUGUAACGCGCCGUGGGACAAGGUCAAGAAGGCAUUCGAGAAGGAGGGUUACUCUGCCCAGUUCCAGCGUUUCGAUACGAAGCAGUACUACAUUCCGCAUACUCGUACGCGUGUGUACUUGUUUGCCUACUACAAGCCCAAAACCUCGUUGCCGGAGAAGUGGAAGCACAUGGUUGCGUCGCUAUCUCGUCCCGCAUCCUCGCCUCUUGAGGCUUUCCUUCUACCCUCCGACGACCCGCGUAUUCAUCAAGCUCGCGAGAAGCUGGUUCGAGAGGCUGGAUCGGGGUUGGAGCGUCGCGGUCGUACCGACUGGGGUAAGUGUGAGUCUCGUCACCACCGUGCUCGUCAUGAGGAGGGACUUGGUACCAACCGUCCCUUGACCGCGUGGCAGCAGCAGGGUGAGUGUACGCUUCCGGACUUUGCCUGGAAUGAUUGGGGACUUGCUCAGACCGAGCGUGUUCUCGAUUUGUUGGAUGUUAACCAACUGCGCAUGGCGUUGAAGGGUGUCGACUCCGCCUUCAAAACCCUCGUUUGGAACCUCUCCCAAAACGUCGAUCGUACCACCGGCUCUGUUCGCCCUGGUAUCUGUCCCUGUCUUACGCCCUCAAUGAUUCCGUAUAUCACGAAUCGUGGUGGUCCCCUGGUUGGACUCGAGGCGUUGUCGUUGCAGGGAUUGCCUGUCGAGGAGUUGUUGUUGACGAGGGAAAGUGAGGAUAACUUGGCGGAUUUGGCUGGUAAUGCGAUGACCUCUACUGUUGUUGGUGUUUCUAUGCUUGCGGCACUCGUGUUGGCGAAGAACGAGUUGAGGUUGGGUGAGGAAGUCCCCAUGGAGGUUGAUGAUGUUGACGAUACUGUCGUUGAGAUCGUCGAGGCUGUUGUCGGAGAGGAGCAGUUGAAGGAGAAGCCGCUUCGCAUCGAUUCCGCUGAGAGCGUCCAGAUUGCGAAGAUCCUUGAGGAUGCUCAACGCAGUUCAAGACAUUGUGACUGUGAGGGAAGAAGUGGUACGACUGAUCGUGAUAUCCAGCGCUGUCAAGAUUGUCAUACUACUACUUGCGUCAAGUGUGGUCGUCGUCCUGAACAUAACUACACCAUCGAGAAGGCGCAGCGUCUCCCGCCUUCGGAGUUUGAGAAGGAACUCUCUGCAGCCUUGCAGAUGCGUAUUCGCGUCGAAGGGAUUACUCGUGAGACUCUUGAGGCAGCGCGAGCGGUGAACGGGGCUAACGUCGCGGACAAGGGUUGGGAAAUGUGGAGCGAGGCUGUUUUGAAUGCGCUUGUGUCCACUGAAACAGAGUUCCGAUUCAAGAGUUUGACCCGUCAGGACAUCUGGACUGCGGUGUACCAUGCUCCUGAUGCUUCGCUUGAGUUGAUGUUGAACCCGGCUAUGCCGCAAUGGCAGUUGUUUGUCAAGGCUCCAGAAAGUGCGCCGAUGAACAGCCCGUUGAGGAGGUUAUUGGAACAGCCUGUUGCGCGUAUGAGGCUCGGUGCUUCGGGUUCAUCUUUCUUCGAAGGCAAGUGGCAGAUCUGCAUUCCUGCUGUGCACAAGUUCUCGAUCGAGAUCAAGGGGUGCGGAGAGAAGGUUCCUUCUUACGAAGCCAGGAUUGGGCUACAGGAAGAGUAUGCGAACAAAAAAUGGUGGAGUAAGAUUAACGUCUCUGUCGUCCCGGAGAGUGAGGAUGCGAAGCAAUAUCUUGAUCGUGAUAUCUCCGGUACCUACACUCUUCAUGAAAAGUGCGGUACUGCCAUGGGUGCGCUACACAAGAGGGAGAAGACCGAUGAUCUCGCUGAUAUCUUCCUCUUCCUUGAUCCUACUAGAGCUGGAGAACCCGAGCAAGAUCCCUUCGUGUUUUCUUCCAGUAUUAGGAGAUACAACUACGGAGAGGAGCGGCCUAUUAUUGCGAGAGUGGACACAAAGUGGCGUCCUAAUGCGAAGGAUUCUGUACAGAAGAUUUCGUGUGAAGCGAAUGGUACGUGGUUGAUUGUCGAUGCUGUCAAGUUUGCGAAAUCGGGCGCUGCUGCCAAUGCUACGUAUGCUAUGCCUGACCCUGAAGACUUGAGCGUGAAUAUUACUACUAAGGGCUGCGAGGCUGCUACGGCUAUGCUUUUGGCAAAGGUGCCGCUCAAGGCAUCAGCAGAUGAUGAUGACCUGUGGCCUCGCGGUCGAUGGAGUGAGGUCGAUCUUCAACACAAGGGACGCGCAACCUUCGAAGCUCUGUCCUGGAUCACCGAGAGGUUGCCUACUAGUCAAGGUAUCUCCGAAUGGGUGGAUGCUGGCGUCGGGGAUCUUGAUGCAUCUAAAUCUUCGUGCGAACGAUGUGCUCCUUCGGCACCCAUCAUCAAGUGGUUGUCUGGCGAUAAGGGUUACGUGCCGUACGAGGACCCCAUUGAGGCUGGCGCAUACGAACAAUCGCUCAAGAAGCGACCUUCUCCUUUCGUUGUGCAACUUCGCCUUGAGAACGGGUUUGGUCUGUUACGCAUUGGUGCGAAUAUCACCUCGCUCCUCCAUCGUGCUUUGCACCUGCUUGCGAAAACGGGAUCGAAUAAGACCCAAAAGCCGCGUCUUUCUUGGCGUUUGGACAUGAACCAUGAUGCUACUCGAUUCUUCGACCCAAACACUCGCUUCUCGUUGUCGAGUAACAAAAAGGAUCCAGAGCAUUCUCAACCUCCACUCUGGAGCGAAGAGUUCCCUCUUCGUCCUGAACAGCUUCGUUCUCUGGGAUGGAUGUUGCGUCAGGAAUCCAAAAACGCUCCUCCCUUCAUUGAAGAGGAGAUUGAGGAGGCCUUGUUGAAACCGCUUGGCUGGAGGGCGGAAGCUCGGGCUACUCGUGCGGUGCAUGGCCGUGGUGGUGUCGUUGCCGACGAGGUUGGGUAUGGAAAGACUGCCAUUACGCUUGGUUUGGUUGCAUCUACUUUGGAAGAACCUCUCGUGGCCAGAGACAUAAAACCGGAGGUCGAUGGUGUUAUCCCGGUGAAGGCAACGUUGGUACUUGUGCCCGCUCACUUGACGAAGCAGUGGCCUUCGGAAGUGGAGAAGUUCACAGAGAACAACCUUAAGAUUGUCGCUAUCCCCACUGUUGCGGAAUUGAACAAGCUUACUGUUGCGAAGAUCCAGGAAGCGGAUAUUGUCAUCUGCUCAUCCAGUGUGUUCGGCAGUGAUCUUUACUGGUCGAAUUUGGCCGCUCUCGGCGGUAACGAACUACCCAAUAACAAGGCUGGUGGACGUCACUUCGAUGACAAACUCUCUGAGACGCUCCAGACGCUCAAGAAGCAGGUCAUUGCCCUCACAGCCGAGGGUGGUGUCAAACAGGUCUUGAGCAACAUCGAGACCGCGCGUGAGGAGGCCGCCGAGCGUGCCGCAGAGGAGGCACAGAGAUUACAAUCGAAGCGAUUGAAGGGUAAGAAGUACCGUGAUGCGCAGAAGAAGAAGGCUGCUGGCGAUAGUGACAGUGAAGAUGAACCUGUGGUCAAGAAGCCCGUAAAGAAAAACGCCCGCGAAGACAAGGACCCUUGGAAGCUCGGCUCUGCUGCGAAGAAAGACUGGAAGCAGUUACACUGUCCACCGCUGGAGAUGUUCCACUGGAAGCGUGUCGUCAUUGACGAGUACACCUAUUUGUCUGGCAGGGAGCAUGCUGCAGUUAUCCAUAUGAAAGCCAGUGCUCGUUGGGUCUUGUCGGGUACACCGCCUGUGUUCAACUUCUCUGCCGUGAAAUCCAUCGCUGUUUUCCUUGGCAUCUCCCUUGGUAUCGACGAUGAAAGUGAUUUGUCGAAGAAGCAGAAGAAGGAGCAGACUGCUGCAGAGCGUUUCCACGCCUUCCGUGACGCUCGUUCCGCUUCGUGGCAUGCACGUCGCCAUGAGGUUGCUCAGGCUUUCCUUGAUCAGUUCAUGAGGCAGAACGUGGCGGAAAUCGACGAGAUUCCCACCGAGUAUCAUCUUAACCGCGUCACUCUUCCUGCGGCCGAGCGUGCAAUUUACCUUGAGCUUGAACAUUAUCUUCAGGCGCUUGACAUGAACAUUCGUCGCAAAGGCAAGAAGAGUACUCAUGGUGAUCGUGAUGCUCGUCUUGCCGAAGCUCUGGGCAAGAGUAGCUCUUCCGAGGAAGCACUCUUGAAGCGUUGUUCUCAUUUCGACCUCGACGAGAAGGAUGAUAAGGAGAAUGCGAUUCAAGCUUGUGACAUCAUUGUUCAAGAGCGUACUGGUCAGCUUGAGGACUGCAAACGCGAUUUGCUCAGGAUCCUCAUCAAGACGAAGGAUGCGCACAAGCGUGCGAUGAAGGAAGCUCAUGGGUUUGGUGAAGUUGCCGAUCCUUGGAAGGAGUUCAGGGCCUCUGUUUCUGAUAAGCGUUUGGGUGAUCUUGAAGCUGCCGAAGCAGUGAGCGACCUCCUCGCCGAAGUUGAAGCUGGCGCGAAAAUCGAGAAGAAGUCUAAGUCUUCGAAGAAUAAGGAUAGAUACGACUCCGACGACGACCCUUCCAAGAAGAAACCGAAGACUGUUGAAGAGAUCCGCUGGGACGCCCGUGAGCGUGUUCAUGGAGUUCGUGCUGUUGCGAAGGAGCUUGUACUUCGUUUCCGAUCUCUUCGCUACUUCACGAUUGUCCGUGACAUUCAGAAGCGCAUUGAGCUUGCCGUGGAGUGUCCUGGAUGCCACAACCAGAUCUCGACCGAAAAUGUUGCCGUCAUGUCUUCCUGCGGUCACACGGGAUGCUAUGAGUGCCUCUUGAGAUCUGCAGUCGAGAAAGAGCGCUGUGUUUCGGAGGAUUGUCUGGCUGCCGCUCGUUCUCUCAACGUCAUCAAGUCCGAGACUCUCGGUGUCGAGGAUGAGAGUCUUCGUGAAGGCCGUCAUUUCGGAGUGAAGUUGGAGAAGGUAGUGCGAUUGAUUAAGGACAUCCCCGAGGACGAGAGAAUUCUCUUAUUCGUGCAGUUUUCUGAUCUUAUGGAGAAGGUCGCUCUGGCUUUGAGCGAGCACCGCAUCGAUUUCCUCCAGGUUGAAGGAUCAGCACACAAGAAGUCCUCGAACCUUCAGCGAUUCCAGGAUGGCCAGGCUCGUGUGUUGUUGCUGAAUGCAGGAGACGAGAGUGCGUCCGGUGCGAACCUUACCGUGGCGAACAACAUCAUCUUCCUGAGCCCCUUGCUCGCUGAUACCCAGCAGAAGUACGAUGCAGCGGAGACUCAGGCCAUCGGUCGUGCUCGUCGUUAUGGUCAACAGAAGACUGUUCACAUUUGGAGGUUCUUGUCGAACGGCACGAUCGACGAGGAGAUUUUUGAGAGUAGAGCGAAGCAGGUUACUGGUGGGGGACGUAACCGUACAUAG